UACUUGCAGAUAAGCGAAGCGUUCAAGAGAUCUGCUAGAAUAAUGGACACUGCUCGCGAAAACAUCGCUUCUGCUGGCGAGAAAAUUCAGCAAAGCGCUGGUGACGCUGCACAAGCCGGUCGGGAAGCUGGACAACAGGCCAAAGGACAGGCCCAAGAGUUUGCUGAGGGCACGAGACAAACGGCCAGCGAUACAUCGCAACAAGCGCAGGAGCAAGGGCAAGGAAUGCUAGGCAAGAUGAAAGAGGGCAUCUCCGAUACAGCUGGCAAGGUACAGGAGAAAGGCAAAGGCAUGGUGGAGAGCAUCAAGGAAACAUUCAGCAGAGGAAAUUGAAUUUGAUUAUGAUUUCUAUAUGGAAUAUGUUUGCAACAGCUUCUGUGAUGUGUACUUGUUAAA